AUGAGCAAUGCUAUAAAGAGAAAUAAUAAGAGUGAAAAUCAAGAUAUAGAUGAAUAUGAAGAAGUAGUUGGAGAUUAUGUUAGCAGCAAUAAUAAUAAUAAUAACAAUAACAACAGUAAUAGUCAACAAGAUAAUUUAAGUAGUAGUACAGGAAGUAUAGGAACUACUUUGAAGGAUCCACAACGAUAUAUAUUCAACGAUGUCGAAGUGGAUUCAAAGUCUGUUGAUCUCAAUGAAAUUGUAAAUAAGACACCAAAGCUAUCAUUGUUACCAUUGAAACUAUCUUCGAGUAAACUUGACCUUGAACCAAUAGAUAAUACAUCCGAAGAAGAUGAUACAGAUGAUACAGAUGAUAAAGAAGAAGUUGAAGGACUAAUAGAAGAUGAAAAAGAACAACAAAAUAGUAGUUUAGAUAAUAUUAAUAAAAUAGAUAAUCUUGUUGUUGAAAGUAAAAGUAAAUAUAUUGACUCUAAUGAUGAGAGUGAUAGUAACAACAACAGUAGUAGUAGUAGUAGUAGUAGUAAUGGAGAUGAAUAUGAAGAGGAUGAUGAAGAGGAUGAACAUGAUGAACAGCAUUUGGAGAUAGCAGAUACAACCAUUCCAGUUUCACCAGCUUCAACUAAUUCCUCAACAACAGAGGAUGGUAUUGAAGAUACACACGAUGAUAGUAACAACAACACCACCGCCAACACACCUACUGAAAGAAAUCCAUUCACUCUCGAGAACAAACAGAGCAGAGAGAUCUACACUUCAAAGAUAUUAGAUAGACAAAAGAGUUUAGAGAAUGUACCAUCCUAUUUCUCACCAAACAAACCACUUAUCAACAAAACGACUUCCGAGGACUUGUUGACAUCUCAGAAGAAUCAGAUAUUGAAAGAGUUGUUUAGGAACGUUGCUUCGGAGUUGGAUGACUCUGUGCUGGAGUAUCUGCAGUGUGUCGAGAACAAACAGUCGUCGCCGAUGCGUCCAAAGAACUUCACAUCGUUCUCACCGCUGCAUCUAUCGGCGGACAACGUCUCGCUGCCCCCAAUGACACUACUCAAUGAAUACUCUGACUCACCGAUACAAAUAACGAAACUACCGCAUCCACCGACAGCAUUCGACAAGUCACAAUACCACAGCUAUCCGAUACUGGACGACAAGAGUACACCGACAAUCUACUACUACCAACUGAUUUCACAGUACUUUUACAACGUACCGAGUGAAGUCGAUCGAUUCCGUCCACUCUUACAUUCACUCUGGAACAAUCAUUGGUUCUUUCUCAUUUUUUCAUCGUUAUUCAAUCAAUGGAUAUUAGAAUAUAGAUUAUCAUUGAUACCACAAGUAAAUGUAUUUAUAAAAGCUACGAAUCGGUUGUUUUGGCAUGAUAUGGAUAAUAAUACACAGCGAUUCAAAGACGUAUAUUUGUUGUUAAAGAAGAAACUGUUGGAUGGCAGUCUGUGGCGCGGAUUGAACGAAGCGACCAAUCCCAACGACGAACCACUCAUGCUUAGGAACCGACGUAUAUGGAUCGAUUUCUAUCAUAUCAUAACCGUGUUUUACUUCUACUAUGAGUUGGAGGUCGAUCAACAAUCGCUAGACGCAUUCACCAAUCGUGUACACAUCGAAUACCAAGAUUAUAUCAACGAGAAGAAAGAAGCGGAAGCCGACCAACAACUUACGGUGAACGAUAUCUUUGUACGUGGAAUCAUACGACAACUCUAUCUAAUUAAAACCGAAGAAGUUUUAAUUAAAUAUAUUGAAUUAUCUAUAUUAUUUAAAGAUUGGAAUUUAAAUGCAGUCACAAAAAUUAAAUUACAAUCUUGUUUAUAUUCAUUCUCAAAGCCAGGAUCACCGUUUCACAUGCCAAGAGGAGUAAGAGUUAUCUCGAGGAAAUCACUGGAUAUUCUUUUCCCAGAUGGAAAGAUAUCGCGAUACACUGUCAAUCUUUUCUUUAGACUAUUACAUCCCUACUACUCUGCAGGCUCUAUCGUACAUUGGAUCGUAGAGACCACCAAAUCAUAUAUACCAGCUUUACAUAACAUAACAUAUCCAAUCCAACAACAACGACAACAACGACAACAACAAUAUGACCUAAGAGCAUAUCAAAAUGUAUUUUCAACAUUUUUGUUUCAAAGACUACCCAAUGAACUAAGAGAAUACAGUAUAUUUCUAUCGGUUGCCGUCAUAUCUUUGGUCAUUGUAUUUUUCGUUUUCAUGGGUUUAAUUAUAUUUGCUGGUACAAGAGCAGCUCCACAAAGAUCAUCAUCAGCAAAGAAAAAUAAAUCAAAAAAACUAGGUAAUUGGAAUGAAAGAUCAGUUCGUUUGAGAACCAAAGUAGAUGAUCAAUUCGGAUUGUCAUCUCCAUUCGAUUCAGAGCAUAUAUCGUCGAGAAAUGGAAGUAUAGAUGUUUAUAGAAGUAGGAAAGCUGGUCAGUCAGCACUGCCCGUACUCUCUUUGAAUUCACAUGCAUCAAUACCAUCACCCACCAUUACAAAACAAUCGAAUUACUCUGAAAAACUGGAAAGAAAAGCAAAUCAUGAGAAGAAUGCAUCUCGACGCAAGAGUAUAGAGCCAAAAUACUCUUACAUUGAAUUCGACGAAGACAGUUGCUACGACACUGAAUAUACUUCAUCGUCAAUGUCGAGUGAAGAAGAGAUUCAACAACAUCAUCAACAUCAACCCAAAAACCUUUUAAGAACAAACAGCGGCAGAAGAAUACAACUCGAUCAAGACACUAUGAUGAGCAAUAGGGAAAAGAAAACUGUGAUGGAGAGUGACGAUGACUACGACUACGACAAUGGAGGCUAUUUAGAUGAAGAGGACGAGGAUUCCGAAGAGUUUGUAGAUUCCGAGGAGGAAUCUGAAGAUGAAUACGAAGAGGUAUAUGUAAAAGUCGACAACGUCGGAAAGAAAAGAGGAAGAGGCAGACCUCCAAGAAAAUCAUUACAGAAAUCAAUGAGCAGCAGCAGCAGUGAGAGCGAAGAAGACGAACAACAGGAGGACAAUGGAAUGAAAAAGGCUGGAUUAAUUGACUAUAAAGACCUACCCAAACCAGGGACAUCAAGAAAGAAAACCUCACCGGAACGUUUCGCAGAUUUGGUGUUUGAAGAUAGUGGACCAGGUUCGUAUAAAAUAAAAAUUGUUAAAAAAAUUAAAAACAAUUAUCUUCAAGUUAAUAUCUAUUAUGACUAA